UUUUUGUCAGAGUGGGAGGAAGCGAAGUGAGAGCAUAGGGGGAGGUGAGAGCUACAAUACAUACAAAUACAUAAACAGGCCGAGGGAAACAAAUUCAUCAUGGCGUCAGGGGAUACCCUGUACAUUGAGACGGACGGGACUGAGAUGCCAGCAGAAAUAGUGGAACUGCAUGAAAUUGAGGUGGAAACCAUUGAGACGACAGUUGUCGGAGAGGACGGCGAACAACAGCCGAUGAUCGCAUUGCAGCCUCUGGAUGAUCCGCACCAGCUCCAUUCGCACCAGGAGGUGAUUCUGGUGCAGACCAGGGAAGAGGUGGUUGGAGAGGAGGACUCGGAACUGCACACGGAGGACGGGUAUGAGGAUCAGAUCCUGAUCCCGGUGCCAGCCGUUGAGGAGGACUACAUCGAGCAUACUCUGGUUACUGUAGCCGGGAGAGGCUCGUCCGCAGGUCGGGUUAAGAAGAGUGGGAGCGGGAAGAAAGCUGGCAAGAAAAGCUUCCUGACUGGCGUAGAGAUGGGCCGAAAGUGGGAGCAGAAGCAGGUCCAGAUAAAGACUCUGGAGGGGGAGUUUUCAGUAACUAUGUGGGCUUCAGAUGACAAGAAGGACAUCGAGCAUGAGCAGCUCUCAGAGGAAAACUCUCCUCCUGAUUAUUCUGAAUAUAUGACAGGGAAGAAGCUCCCACCAGGAGGUAUUCCAGGCAUUGACCUGUCAGAUCCCAAACAGCUGGCAGAGUUUGCACGAAUGAAGCCAAGGAAAGUCAAAGAAGAUGAUGCACCCAGGACAAUAGCCUGUCCGCAUAAAGGAUGCACCAAGAUGUUCAGGGACAACUCUGCGAUGAGGAAGCACUUGCACACCCACGGGCCUCGUGUGCACGUCUGCGCAGAGUGCGGCAAAGCCUUUGUGGAGAGUUCAAAGCUGAAAAGGCAUCAGUUGGUUCACACAGGAGAGAAACCUUUCCAAUGCACGUUUGAAGGAUGUGGAAAACGCUUCUCUCUGGACUUUAACUUGCGCACUCAUGUGCGGAUUCACACCGGCGACCGCCCGUAUGUUUGUCCCUUUGAUGGCUGCAACAAGAAAUUUGCUCAGUCUACCAACCUGAAGUCUCACAUCCUCACACACGCCAAAGCCAAAAAUAACCAGUAAAGUUUCCCACAAGGAACUGGAUUCAGAAACAGCAGGAAAACUGGAGGACUUUAGCUCCGUCUGCUUCUGGGAAAACUGACUCGAUGUUGCUUGAACUGCUUUUUCUGUGAGAUGACUCUCUUUGUAUUGCAAAUAUAGAAAAAAAAACAUACAUUUUUGUGAAGCUUUUGAUAAAAAAUGGAGGUUUGAGGGAGGGGGUUGCAAACAAAUCAACCCGUUUGAGCUGGUCCCCCACACUUUGGCUCUAAAUGGAAGGAAUAUUUUAGUUUCUUCUGAUUAAGAUAUUAAUUUGUGAAUCUGCACCUGGAAAACUUAUUUAUACCUUUACACAAAUAGUUAUGUAAUUUGCAUUAAUCUUCACCAUUUUCUCAGUUUUGUACCGUUCCCUAAGUGUGCAUAUUGUACACGGUUAGAUGUAAGCUUUGUGGUCUGUAUGUGUCCCGUCGGCCUUCAUGCAAGGGUCCAGUUUUAGUUUUGCUUCUCUUUGUUCUCGUUCAUGGAGCUGUUUGUGAGGAGAUCACACAGGAACAGCAUUUCAUAUUCUUAUCAUGUAGAUGAAAACCAUGUGCUUUUUCCCUCACCAGUAGAUAUUGAUUAAAUUGUUUCUUCCUAUUGAA